AUGAGGGAUCUGGCGCAUAUUCUGGAAAUGAAUUCAAAGAAUCUACAAAAGAGUGAUCUUACAGCGGAAGUAGCAAUGGACCGCAGCAAAAAGAUUAAAAUAAGAAACAAAAAACGGAUAUUGAUGAAAUUUUUAUCUGAUGUUGUUAAUAAAAGCAAGUUGUUAAAAAAGAGAACUCAGUACCAGGUCUCUGACUUCUUGAGCACAGCCCCAGAACAGACUUAAUCCAGCACCACCAUGUCCAUAAUUGUGAACUACCUGAAAAUAUAAUCCUCUGAUAUAGUGUUGUCUUUAUCCAAGAUCAGAAGUUUUAUGUCUGAAAUAUUUCAUAUUCCACUGUGCCAAGUGUCAGCAUUUUAGUUCCAUAUUUCGAUGCCACUUGCAUAAUCUCUCUUUCCACACGAAUUGUAUCUCUGACUGGCCUCAGACCUACCCAGGCUUUGAUUAGAACUGCAUUCUGUAAAAACAACAUGUCAGAAAAUAUUCAUCUUGCAUUGUUAGCAACAUGAAGCAAUUUAGAGUGGACCUGCCUUAAUUGUGGGUUCAAAUUCUGCAGCUCUUUCAAUCAUGGCUUGUGUAUGAUGGUGAUUGUCAUGAUGAUGGUUAUCAUGAUGAUGGUGAUCAUGAUGAUGGUAGUGAUGAUGAUACUGGUGAUUGUCAUGAUGAUGGUUAUCAUGAUGGUAGUGAUGAUACUGGUGAUGAUGGUGAUUGUCAUGAUGAUGGUAGUGAUGAUGAUACUGGUGAUUGUCAUGAUGAUGGUUAUCAUGAUAACGGUAGUGAUGAUACUGGUGAUGAUGGUGAUUGUCAUGAUGAUGGUUGUCAUGAUGAUGGUAGUGAUGACGAUACUGGUGAUGAUGGUGGUUGUCAUGAUGAUGGUAGGGAUGAUGAUACUGGUGAUGAUGGUGAUUGUCAUGACAUGAUAGUACUGGUGAUUGUGGAAAUCAUGGUUGUCAUGUCUAACUGGUUAAUCACCUCAUCAAAUGAGUGA